UAUAUGUUUGUGAUGGAAGAUUCUGUUAUGGAUUUUGAUGUUGAUCAGGAAAAUGUGGAAAAUACAAGCCGAGAUUCUACCUUCUUUGGCAAAGUACUGGCACGAAUGUGUUCAGCCCAUCAAACGCUUCCCGAGGAUCGCGGUUCAUACAUAGAGAACCCAAACGAUUCAUAUGAGGCGAACCCAAACGAUUCAUAUGAGUUGUUUCCGUACAUCACAUUGUUACUGCACCUUUUUCUUCCACUUUGUUCGUUGAGCGUUGCAAUAUCCAGUCUUGUAUUGCCAUACUGGGCCUUUGGGGAAACAGACGACGUAGCGGUUGGUCUCUUUAAAUGCUGCAAUUUUACUGAAGAUAAUCGCAGCUCAAACCACAGCGAGUGUUCAUCAUUGUCUGAUUGUUUCCCGUCAGACUUCAAAUUGCAUUCAGUCUUCAAUGCAGCUGCCGGUCUUCAGAUAACAUACAUUGCUUUACACGGUAUCACGUUCAUACUGACAGCAAUAGGCCUAAAAAAAGGAAACUUUUCGGUCUGUCGAAUUUACAGUGGAUUUGUUAUUGUCCUUGCGGCUGCGAUAUCCUACAUCGGUAUCAUCGUAUAUUUUUCCGGUAUUAUCACAUCCGAAAACAUAACCGGAAAGUCAAAACCCCGCCUGUCAAUCAAUCUGGCGAUUAUAUCAUUGGCUGUGUAUCUCUCUUAUGCAGCCGUCUGUUUUAGACAGCCUAAAGCGCUGAUAAUUGUACUCAUGUCGACUUGUGUGAUCUAUAAUGUGAUAUUUGUAAUGACACAAACAAUUACAUUUUUUAUUAUAAUUGGAUAUGUUGCUAUUGGUAUGGCUCUCAUUUCAAUCGUAAUCGUAGCAUCGUUUAUGACGUGCAUAUAAAACAAUUAACAUCACCCGUCUGAAACUGGAAUAUGAUGAAGAUGUUAUAAAACAUCUGCUCAAUGCAUAUAAUUAUUCAUUGAACAUUUUUUGAGAUUUUGUGAAACAAGAACCUUUUCUAACAAGAACGCUAAUCCAUAUAAAGAAAUUCUUGUUUUAUAAUUUGAUUUCAAUUAGGGAUGGAAGAGAGUAUCCGGAUAUCACGCAAGUAUUCGGAUACAAAAAUGGGUAUUCGAAUAUUCGUUAAGAAUUAAAAUUUCAAUGAAAUAGCUUAGCAGAGACAUAGCAAUUGUCAUAAAACUUUUCAGAUGAAAUAUUUCAUGUGAUCAACAGUGUCUGUCGCGAAGCGGGUAUGUGAUCCAAAUCGUCUGCUAAUUGGGUGUUUGCACAAGGCGUGAUGUUGUGUCCUUGUGCAGCACCCUGUGAAGUUCUAUGACCUUGUUUACAAGGGGGGAAUCCAGACGAAACCAAAAAUUAUCGUGGCAUCACGCUUAUAAACAUAAUUGCAAAAAUAUACUCAACUCUAUUAUCUGAUAGAUUAUCCAAAUGGGCAAAGGAAACACACAAGUUUAUCGACAAUCAAUUUGGAUUUCAAAAAGGCAAGUCAACAAUCGACUGCAUCUUUAUUAUACACGCAUUAAUUACUCAAACGCUUGAAAAAAAGAAGAAAUUAUAUGUGGCCUUUUUGGACUGGGAGAAAAUGUUUGACAAAAUUGAUAGAACCUUCUUAUGGCAAAAACUACUGAAAGAGAAUGUUAGUUCAAAGUUAAUUAAGGCACUAAAAUCAAUGUAUUCAUCCAUAAAAUCGUGCGUCAAAAUAAACCAAAACGAAUAUACAACGUAUAUAACUUCAAAUAUAGGGGUUAAACAAGGGGACCCUGCAAGUAGCAUUUUGUGUUUAUUUUUCCUCAAUGAUACAAUAGAUAGCAUUAAUGUAGAAAAUGAAAACAUCAUAACAUUAGACCAAACAAAAUUAUUUAUGUUACUCUUUGCCGAUGAUGCAGUGGUAUUCGCCUACUCUCAUCAAUCGUUACAGAACAUACUUACACAAAUACAGGAUUACUGUGAUUUGUGGGGAUUAAAACUGAAUACAAGCAAAACUAAAGUAAUGAUUUUCGAAAAAGGACGACAAACAACACAUGAUUUUGUCAUAAACAACCAACCCAUAGAAAUCGUACAGUCUUUUAAGUAUCUUGGAGUUCACCUUUUCAAAAAUAAUAAUUGGUACAGAACACAGAAAAUAAUAGCACAGCACUCAUCACACUCUUUGCACAAUCUAUUUAUAAUUUAUAAUCAAACGGAUUUACCAAUUUCAGAAAAAAUAAAAUUGUUCAACACAUUAGUUGCACCAAUACUAAACUAUGGCGCAGAGAUAAUUGGAUAUCACGAAUGUAAAGACAUCAAACUUAUCCAUAACAAAUACUGCUGAAAACUUCUAUGUGUAAAAAGAUCAACACAUAUAGACGCACUAAAUGGAGAACUUGGGAUUCUCCCAAUGGAAAUACAAAGGAAAAUCAUUCUAAUUAAAUACUGGUCGAAAUUACUAAACAGUAACCCAAACUCUUUAUUAUUCAAAUCGUAUAGUAUGCUUAAAAAUACAGUGGACGAUGGAUCAAUUAAUAAAGCCAACUGGGCAUUUUAUAUAAAAAGCAUUCUACAAAAAUGCGGUAUGAAUGACUUAUGGGUGAACCAAGCCAGAACUCAAAUUAACACCACAAUAAUUAUUCAAGAAUAACAGAUAUCUAUAAACAGUCCUGGUACUCAAGAAUAAACAACUCUAGUAAACUUGAAACAUACUGUCUAUUUAAACACGAAUUUGUACUUGAAAAUUAUCUAGACCGAAUUAUAUGUAAAAAGUACCGAAUAGCAUUAACCAAAUUUAGAACCAGUUCUCACACACUACAAAUAGAAACGAGGAGAUAUAACAAUAUACCAAGAACACAGAGAAUUUGUACAAACUGCAGUCAAAACCAAGUAGAAUCAGAAUACCAUUUUCUUUUAGUAUGUCCAAAAUUUAGGGAUGUACGUAAACAAUUCUUUAAACCAUACUAUUGCCACUGGCCUAAUAUACACACGAUUACAAAAUUAUUAUGCGAAGAAACCAUUAACACAACCAUCAAUAUGGCAAAAUAUAUAUACCAUGCAAAUAACCUAAGAACUUAAAAUAAAUAACAUCAUUAUUCAAUCUCACCAGUUGGACAGUCUACAUAUGAAUAAUACCAUACAACAUAUUGCAACUUAACAUACAUUGCUGCAACUAAUUCGCUAUAUAUUCACGGUUGGAAUGUCAUUCACAAAUGUAUAAUACUUUUCAUUCAUAGAAAGUUGGUUGUAGUACCACAUAGCACGUGGGUGUCAAGUCAUUGAGUACAUACAAAAACACGAGUUAGCUCAAGAUAUUCACGACUGGAUAAAUACUACUACAUCUAACUUCUGUUAAACAAACACUCGGACUUUGGUAAAUUAAUUUUUGUUCUAUCAAAUUGUUAAAAACAAAAUGUUCUAUUUAAGAAUUCUAGAUUUACCUUUAAUUGCAAAAUAAUUAACUACUACUGACUAAAAAUCAUUUAUCUUUAUGUUCACAUUUUAUUUUUAUGCUUCUCGCUAAA